AUGGCCGGCGAGGGAGAUCCGGGGGACGCUGCGCACAACAUGGGCAAUCACCUGCCGCUCCUUCCCGCAGAGGAAGAGGAAGAAGAUGAAAUUGAAAUGGAAGUUGAAGACCAGGAUAUCAAAGAACCCAAGAAACCAAACAUCAUAAAUUUUGACACUAGUUUGCCGACAUCACAUACAUACCUGGGCUCCGACAUGGAGGAGUUCCACGGGCGGACUCUGCACGAUGACGACAGCUGCCCGGUCAUCCCGGUGCUGCCGCAGGUGGUCAUGGUGCUGAUCCCCGGGCAGACGCUGCCCCUGCAGCUCUUCAGCCCGCAGGAAGUCAGUAUGGUGCGGAACUUAAUUCAGAAGGAUAGGACCUUCGCAGUGCUUGCGUACAGUAAUGUCCAGGAAAGGGAAGCACAAUUUGGAACGACAGCAGAGAUCUAUGCCUACCGAGAAGAACAGGAUUUUGGAAUUGAGGUUGUGAAAGUGAAAGCAAUCGGAAGACAGAGAUUCAAAGUCCUUGAGAUCAGGACACAGUCAGACGGAAUCCAGCAAGCCAAAGUGCAAAUUCUUCCUGAGUGUGUGUUGCCUUCGACCAUGUCUGCAGUUCAAUUAGAAUCCCUCAAUAAGUGCCAGAUAUUUCCUUCAAAACCUGUCUCAUGGGAAGACCAGUGUUCAUAUAAAUGGUGGCAGAAAUACCAGAAGAGAAAGUUUCAUUGCGCAAAUUUGACUUCGUGGCCUCGCUGGCUGUAUUCCUUAUAUGAUGCUGAAACCUUAAUGGAUAGAAUCAAGAAACAGCUACGUGAAUGGGAUGAAAAUCUAAAAGAAGAUUCUCUUCCUUCAAAUCCAAUAGAUUUUUCUUACAGAGUAGCUGCUUGUCUUCCUAUUGAUGAUGUAUUACGAAUUCAGCUCCUUAAAAUUGGUAGUGCAAUCCAACGACUUCGCUGUGAGCUAGACAUUAUGAAUAAAUGUACGUCACUUUGCUGUAAACAAUGUCAAGAAACAGAAAUAACAACCAAAAAUGAAAUAUUCAGUUUAUCUUUAUGUGGGCCGAUGGCAGCUUAUGUGAACCCUCACGGAUACGUGCAUGAGACACUCACCGUCUACAAGGCCUGCAACUUGAAUCUGAUCGGCCGGCCUUCCACAGACCACAGCUGGUUUCCUGGGUAUGCUUGGACUAUUGCCCAGUGCAGGAUCUGUGCCAGCCAUAUUGGAUGGAAAUUCACAGCCACGAAAAAAGACAUGUCACCUCAAAAAUUCUGGGGUUUGACUCGAUCCGCUCUGUUGCCCACCAUCCCAGAUACGGAAGAUGACAUAAGCCCUGACAAAGUAAUACUCUGCUUAUAA